AGGGAAGGCGGGAGUGGGAUCUGGGUCAAGUUAAAAUACAGUGGACACAGCCGCAAAGAUACGUGCAACUUCAUAACAAAGCAAGUGGGGUGGUCUGGUCUGUAGUCCACUUCGUUAAUGGUCUGGAGGCUAUAAUACGUUUUAACUUUUAUUUCAUACCGAAAACACAGUUCUCUAGAAUUUGGCUUGGACAUUGAGGUUGCGAUCUAACAACAGGUGAAGAGCGUCGGGGGCACAAUCGUUUGGAAAUCUCUUCAAUUCGCAACAAUGUUUGAGACCAGCAGUGAUGACCUGCCCAUGUUCCCCUACCAUGAUGAGGGAAUAGAUGACCUGUUGUUCCCUGGGGAGCAGUGUCCAGCUGGAGGAGUGGGAGGCAUGUCCCUGGCUGAGGCCCUCCUGCCCCUAGUGGAGUCCCCCUCUCCCUCCCUGAGCCCUUGGAUGUGCUCCACCCGCUACAAGACGGAGCUGUGCAGCCGCUACGCUGAGACUGGCUUCUGCAAGUAUGCAGAGCGCUGCCAGUUUGCCCAUGGCCUCCACGACCUCCAUGUGCACUCCCGCCACCCCAAGUACAAGACUGAACUGUGCCGCUCCUUCCACACCGCAGGCUACUGCAUCUACGGCACCCGCUGCCUGUUCGCCCACACCGCCAAGGAGCAGCGCCCCCCCCACCGCCGGCGCCGCAACAUCCCCUGCCGCACCUACCGCUCGUUUGGUGUGUGCCCCUUCGGCACACGCUGCAACUUCCUGCACAUCGAGGGCGACUGUGGUGGCGGCCUCAGUGAUAGCGGCCUGGAGUCCCCAGACAGCGCUGCUGAGAAGGCCCCCAUUGCCAGGCCCCAGCUACAAUCCCAGGACUGGAAGCCCCGUGGGGCCUUGUGCCGCACCUUUAGCUCCUUUGGCUUCUGCCUCUAUGGCACCCGCUGCUGCUUCCAACACGGCCUGCCGAGCAGCGUCCAGGGGGGCACCCGCACCCUUCCGCUGUCCCUCGCUUCGGACAUGUUCUCCUCUCCUCCCUGCUCCUCAUCCUCCUCGCCCCCAUCUGGCCUACCUUCCCCGAUCUGGCCAGAGGAUUCGUCUCCCCUGACCACCCCGCUGAACGAGCCCAUGGCCCCCAAUGCCUUCACCUUCUCCAGCCAGCUGAAUGACGUGCUGCUGCCUCUGGCUCUCAGGCUCCAGCAGCUGGAGAACAGCCAGGCCAUGGAUGCUGCCUGCACCAUGCAGGGUGUCUGGGGGAACAAGCUUUAGUCACUAGGCAAGAACAGUAUUAACUAAUAUGAUGUAUAGCCUAUUGUGAUGUUUGCUUUGAGCUUGGAAGCCACAUGUGUCCUACAAUGUAUUUUAAUGGGGGGUGGGGGGAAGAGUGUCUUUGGGGUGUUCAUGUGUUAAUCUUCCAUGGUAGUUUGGAGAGACUGAUUACUGUCCUGCAUUACAAAUUUUAUGGCCUCAAUUGUGUUUUCAAGGAGUUCUGACUGAUCCACCCCUUUGUUUAUAUGUAGAUUAGGCCUUGUAACUGUUGUACAUUUGAAUUGGGUUAUAAGUGUUGGUAUUUAUGAAUCUGUUUUAACUUAAAUGUUUAUUUAUUGUGAUACUUCUGCCUUGAAUAAACCACCAUUUUUAAA